GGCCCAGGAUACAUCUCACGAGACUUAGACGAUGCGUAUACUUAUUCCACGUUCAGUUUUUAUUUAAAGACCGUACCUCUUUCAUGGUUCUCGCAAUACCAGAUGUGACGACUUAGUCCCUCUGUAUGUCUGCAGCUAGUGGAUUUCGAUAUUGUCGAUGUUCCCGUUCGUGGUGUUUGCCAUGAUUAUUGGUGGGUUCGACGCUCGACUCGAAGGACAGCUACGUUUGACAUCAAUAAUCCUGGUGAAGAAAGUGAUGGUCUUCCUAUACAACUAUAUCAACAAUCUAUUCCUGCGGACCAUGGCAGAUCACUGUCAAGAUAACGCCUCCCAAUCGAUUGCCGGACCACGAUCAGCUAUGCAGCUAAGCCAGAAAACGACAAAAGCCAUGUAACUUCGGAGUGCGGGGAAAUAAUAAUAGGUCGAGUUACAUCGAA